GGCGGAGUUCACUGUCGUUCCGGUCCCUCUUGGUUUCUUUCCAACUGCCAGCCCAGGCUUGGCGCCAUGUACGCCGUGUACAAACAGGCACAUCCGCCCACCGGCAUCGAGUUCUCUAUGUACUGCAACUUCUUCAACAACAGCGAGCGGAACCUCGUGGUGGCCGGCACCUCGCAGCUCUAUGUGUACCGCCUCAACCGCGACGCCGAGGUUCUCACCAAAAAUGACAGGAGCACAGAAGGGAAGGCCCACCGGGAGAAGCUGGAGCUGGCAGCCUCCUUCUCUUUCUUUGGCAAUGUCAUGUCCAUGGCCAGUGUGCAGCUGGCAGGUGCCAAGCGGGAUGCCUUGCUCCUGAGCUUCAAGGAUGCCAAGCUGUCAGUGGUGGAGUAUGACCCAGGUACCCACGAUCUGAAGACCCUGUCCCUGCACUACUUUGAGGAGCCUGAGCUUCGGGACGGGUUUGUGCAAAACGUGCAUACGCCUCGGGUGCGGGUGGACCCUGACGGGCGCUGUGCGGCCAUGCUUGUCUACGGUACACGGCUGGUGGUGCUGCCUUUCCGCCGAGAGAGUCUGGCCGAGGAGCAUGAGGGGCUCGUGGGCGAGGGGCAGAGGUCCAGCUUCCUGCCUAGCUAUAUCAUUGAUGUGCGGGCCCUGGAUGAGAAGCUGCUUAACAUCGUUGACCUGCAAUUCUUGCACGGCUACUACGAGCCCACCCUGCUCAUCCUGUUUGAGCCCAACCAGACCUGGCCUGGGAGGGUGGCUGUGAGGCAGGAUACAUGCUCCAUUGUGGCCAUCUCACUGAACAUCACGCAGAAGGUCCACCCUGUCAUCUGGUCCCUCACUAGCCUGCCUUUUGACUGCACCCAGGCUUUGGCUGUGCCUAAGCCCAUAGGUGAGGGCCCUCGGGCUCUAGGGGUGGGGCAUGGGAGCAUGGGGGCCCUGUGCCCCACCCUGUCCACCAACUUGUGCCCUCCAGGUGGGGUGGUGAUAUUUGCUGUCAACUCACUGCUGUACCUGAACCAGAGCGUGCCCCCCUAUGGUGUCGCCCUCAACAGCCUUACCACAGGCACCACUGCCUUUCCCCUACGUACCCAGGAGGGUGUGCGGAUCACCCUGGACUGCGCACAGGCUGCCUUCAUCUCUUAUGACAAGAUGGUCAUCUCCCUCAAGGGUGGUGAAAUUUACGUGCUGACACUCAUCACAGACGGCAUGCGCAGUGUCCGAGCGUUCCACUUUGACAAGGCAGCCGCCAGUGUCCUCACCACCAGUAUGGUCACCAUGGAGCCCGGGUACCUGUUCCUGGGCUCUCGCCUGGGCAACUCCCUGCUCCUCAAGUACACAGAGAAACUGCAGGAGCCCCCAGCCAGUGCCACCCGAGAGUCUGCAGACAAGGAAGAACCUCCCUCAAAGAAGAAGAGAGUGGACCCCUCAGUGGGUUGGUCAGGGGGCAAGUCGGUGCCACAGGAUGAGGUGGAUGAGAUUGAGGUAUAUGGCAGCGAGGCCCAGUCCGGUACACAGCUGGCCACCUACUCCUUUGAGGUGUGUGACAGCAUCCUCAAUAUUGGACCCUGUGCCAACGCUGCCAUGGGCGAGCCUGCUUUCCUCUCUGAAGAGUUUCAGAACAGCCCUGAGCCAGACCUGGAGAUCGUGGUUUGCUCCGGCUACGGGAAGAAUGGGGCCUUGUCAGUGCUGCAGAAGAGCAUCCGGCCCCAGGUGGUCACUACCUUUGAGCUUCCUGGCUGCUAUGACAUGUGGACGGUCAUCGCUUCUGUGCGUAAGGAAGAGCCCUCACAGGAGGAGACCCCCAAGGGGGAGGGCACAGAGCAGGAAUCUGGUGUUCCUGAAGGAGAGGAGGACGGGCGCAGACAUGGCUUCCUUAUUCUGAGUCGAGAAGACUCCACCAUGAUCUUGCAGACGGGACAGGAGAUCAUGGAGCUGGACACCAGUGGCUUUGCCACACAGGGCCCCACAGUCUUUGCUGGAAACAUUGGGGAUAAUCGCUACAUCGUUCAAGUGUCACCGCUGGGCAUCCGCCUGCUAGAAGGAGUGAACCAGCUACACUUUAUCCCUGUGGAUCUGGGUGCACCUAUUGUGCAGUGUGCUGUGGCAGACCCCUACGUGGUCAUCAUGAGUGCUGAAGGCCAUGUCACCAUGUUUCUCCUCAAGAGUGAUUCCUACAGCGGACGUCACCACCGCCUGGCACUACACAAGCCCCCGCUGCACCAUCAGUCCAAGGUGAUCACACUGUGUUUGUACCGCGACCUCAGCGGCAUGUUCACUACUGAGAGCCGCCUGGGCGGGGCCCGUGACGAGCUAGGGGGCCGCAGUGGCUCAGAGAUGGAGGGCCUAGGCUCAGAGACCAGCCCUACGGUGGAUGACGAGGAGGAGAUGCUAUAUGGGGACUCGGGCUCCCUCUUCAGCCCCAGCAAGGAGGAAGCCCGAAGAAGCAGCCAGCCCCCUGCCGACAGGGAUCCUGCACCCUUUCGGGCAGAGCCUACACACUGGUGCCUGCUGGUGCGGGAGAAUGGCACCAUGGAGAUCUACCAGCUCCCAGACUGGCGGUUGGUAUUCCUGGUGAAGAACUUCCCUGUGGGACAACGGGUCCUGGUAGACAGCUCUUUUGGACAGCCCACCACCCAGGGUGAGGCUCGCAAGGAGGAGGCCACACGCCAGGGCGAGCUGCCCCUGGUCAAGGAAGUCCUGCUCGUUGCGCUAGGGAGUCGUCAGAGCAGGCCCUACCUGCUGGUGCACGUAGACCAGGAGCUGCUCAUCUACGAGGCCUUCCCCCACGACUCUCAGCUCGGCCAGGGAAACCUGAAAGUCCGCUUUAAGAAGGUAGAGGUACCCCACAACAUCAACUUCCGUGAAAAGAAGCCAAAGCCAUCUAAGAAGAAAGCAGAAGGUGGCAGCACUGAAGAGGGGGCUGGGGUUCGGGGCCGUGUGGCACGUUUCCGAUACUUUGAGGACAUUUAUGGCUAUUCAGGGGUGUUCAUCUGCGGUCCCUCACCCCACUGGCUUCUCGUGACUGGCCGAGGGGCUCUGCGCCUGCACCCCAUGGGCAUUGAUGGUCCCAUUGACUCCUUUGCUCCUUUCCACAAUGUCAACUGCCCCCGUGGUUUCCUUUACUUCAACAGACAGGGUGAGCUGAGGAUCAGCGUCCUUCCAGCCUACUUGUCCUAUGAUGCUCCGUGGCCCGUCAGGAAGAUCCCCCUACGCUGCACGGCCCAUUACGUGGCUUACCACGUGGAGUCUAAGGUGUACGCCGUGGCCACCAGCACCAACACCCCGUGUACCCGCAUCCCGCGCAUGACCGGGGAGGAGAAGGAGUUUGAAACCAUUGAGAGAGAUGAUCGGUAUAUCCACCCUCAGCAGGAGGCUUUCUCCAUCCAGCUCAUCUCCCCAGUCAGCUGGGAGGCCAUUCCCAAUGCCAGGAUCGAGCUGGAGGAAUGGGAGCAUGUGACCUGCAUGAAGACGGUCUCGCUGCGCAGUGAGGAGACUGUGUCAGGCCUCAAGGGCUACGUGGCUGCCGGGACCUGCCUCAUGCAGGGGGAGGAGGUCACGUGCCGUGGGCGGAUCCUGAUCAUGGAUGUCAUCGAGGUGGUACCUGAGCCUGGCCAGCCUUUGACCAAGAACAAGUUCAAGGUCCUUUAUGAGAAGGAGCAGAAGGGACCUGUGACUGCCCUGUGCCACUGCAACGGCCACCUGGUGUCAGCCAUCGGCCAGAAGAUCUUCCUAUGGAGCCUACGGGCCAGCGAGCUGACGGGUAUGGCCUUCAUCGACACACAGCUCUACAUCCACCAGAUGAUCAGCGUUAAGAACUUCAUUCUGGCUGCAGACGUCAUGAAGAGCAUCUCACUACUGCGCUACCAGGAGGAGAGCAAGACGCUGAGUCUUGUGUCCCGGGAUGCCAAGCCCCUGGAGGUGUACAGUGUGGACUUCAUGGUGGACAAUGCUCAGCUAGGCUUCCUGGUGUCUGACCGAGACCGUAACCUCAUGGUGUACAUGUACCUGCCAGAAGCCAAGGAGAGUUUUGGGGGCAUGCGCCUCCUGCGCAGGGCAGACUUCCACGUGGGUGCCCAUGUGAACACGUUCUGGAGGACCCCAUGCCGGGGUGCCACAGAGGGGCCCAGCAAGAAGUCCGUUGUGUGGGAGAAUAAACACAUCACGUGGUUUGCCACCCUGGAUGGCGGCAUUGGGCUCCUGCUGCCCAUGCAAGAGAAAACCUAUCGGCGGCUGCUCAUGCUGCAGAAUGCACUGACCACCAUGCUGCCCCACCAUGCCGGCCUCAACCCCCGUGCCUUCCGGAUGCUGCAUGUGGACAGGCGUGUCCUGCAGAAUGCGGUGCGGAACGUGCUGGAUGGGGAGCUGCUUAACCGCUACCUCUACCUCAGUACCAUGGAGCGUGGAGAGCUGGCCAAGAAGAUUGGCACCACGCCUGACAUCAUCCUGGACGACCUGCUGGAGACAGACCGCGUCACUGCCCACUUCUAGCCUUGUGGAUGCUACUGCUGCCCAUGCACUACUUCCCACCCCUUUUGUACAAAAACACAAGGAAAAAGAUUU